UAGGAAGCAAAUAGCACUGCAGUGCCGCCGUGCCGGAGUGCGAGCUGCGGCUGCGGCGCUGCGCUUCAAGAAAGUGCCGCCUCCGACGGUCCGACCUCCGUUACUGCCCAAUUCGACGCGGCGGCGCCACCGCCUACUCACGGCCUCACGCGGACUGUUGUAUUUAAUUUUGGACCCCCAUUUUAUAAUUCCUGGGUCCGCCCCUGCCGUGGAGACCGACUUUAUGAGUAGCCCUAGUGAGAUCGCUUCCCCCACUCUCAUGAAGAAAUUGGCAGACAUAUAUUUCACGAAGGUUACUGCUGAUGCGGAAUCCGCCUACUCCUUAUCUUCACGUCAUGUUGCCCUUUGGAAAUCACAGCAGGGGGAUCACUCCUCAGCUUGGUUGCGGGUAGUCCCCAUAUCGGGUUUAGGCCAGACUAUGAACGGUAAGACUUAUCGUUCGGUUCUUUGCUAUCGGUUGGGUAUUCCGUUGUUCUCUGAUUCGACGCCGUGUUCUGCUUGCUCUCGGGUUUUCGAUGGGGACAUUUAUGGGGAUCAUGCCGUGUCUUGUGCUGGGAUUGUGGGUAUCAAACAUCGACAUAAUGUUGUUCGUGAUACCCUUUUGGAUAUUUUCUAUCGGUCGGGGAUUUCUGCUCGCAAGGAGGUUGAUGUUGGGCUGACUAGUGAGAGUGAUGGAGCUCUUCGUCCUGCAGAUAUAUUUCUUUAUUCAUGGGAUGGCGGUCUAGAUGUGUGUGUUUACUUGACUGGGUCUUCCCCUAUGACGCAAUCUGGGUUGUCAGACUUCGUUCCGGGUCGGGUUGUGGCGGUUGCUGCGCAGCGGAAGCAGGAUAAGUAUGCGGCACGUUGUAGGGCUUUGGGUUACGGUUUCUUUCCUUUUUCCUUCUCUUCUUUUGGGGAAUUAGAGAAAGGGGCUGUUUCGUUGCUGAAGCGGGUCCAGACGUACUCCAGGGCUCAAGACAUUGGGGCCGGGCAGCUACCCACAUUUUCAGCAGGAUCGGGUUCGCCAUAGCUAGAGGAGUGGGGGCCCAGAUUGUAUCUCGGCUCCCCACCAACUUCUUGUAGUUUACUUUAUCUUUGUAGCUUGUUAAGAUUGUAACGUUUUGGUGGUUUCCCAUAAUAAUAAUAAUAACUAUUGCUAUAGCCAGGGGAGUGGGGGCCCAGAUUGUAUCUCGGCUUCCCACUAACUAUUUGUAAAUUUUUUGACUUUGUAAGCAUUUUAUUUAUAAUAAUAAUAACAAUAAUAAUAAUAAUAAUAAUAAUAAUCUAUUACUAUAUAUACUAAAAGAGACACCAGGAAUGACACGUGUCAAUUCCUGGUGCGAUUUUCCCCAUUCAAAAACCACUUUCCAAAAUAGUGUAUCUGUUUUAUUUUAUUUUUAUUUUAUACCUUUUUUUUAUAAACUAUUUAUGUA